CCGUAUUCCCCAGUUCAACCAAGUUAACACAAAUUUAGCUUUUGAGAACGUCUUCUAGAUUUUAGUCCCAACUGCACCAAGCUCUGCAGUUCCAAACCAGUUCAAACCGGGUUAACCAGCCACUGAGCCACAUGUCACGUGACUACUCGUAUCACAUCUGAGUGACAGCUGGACAACAAACGGAGAACAGAAUUUGGAGGUGAAUCUUUUUGUUGGUAUUUUCAUCCCCUCGUCCUGUGUUUCACGUUUUGUUACUUAAAGGAUGGACUUCCGCGGCCGGAGACACGAGCGAGGCAGCAACUGGACCGACCCGGAGAUAGUGGAGCUGCUCCAGCUGUGGUCCGACGAGUCCAUCCAGAUUGAACUGGAGAGCUCGUUGCGCAACCAGCGUGUCUUUGACCGUAUAGCCAACAUCCUGCGCGAAAAGGGCAUCUAUCGUACCGGUGACCAGUGCAGGGAGAAGAUCAAAAAGAUGAAGCUGGAGUACCGUCGCAUUAAGGACAACUACAAAAUAAAAACCUGGAAGUUCUUUGACGUCAUGGACAGGGUGCUGGCUAACCGACCCGCCAUCACCUAUUCCUCUUUGGGUGGUGCUGUCAUAGCUCAACAGGUGUUUGCCACACCGGGCGGUCCUGACUCGUACGCUCAAGGGGCUCCACCCGACACCUUUGGCCCUGCCUCCUCAGGAGGAUUUCUGUUUGGACUUCCUCCAAAACCUGGGGAUCCCCAUGAUAUUAAAUGUGAGGAUGUUGAUGACAGUAUGCUGAACUCGGGUGUUGCACCACCCGAGAUGUAUUAUGGUUCUGGAGAUGACCAGGACACUGAUGGGCAUUCUCUGCUGGAUGCAGAGAACAACCUGGUUCCAAGAGACCACUCAACAAAUGCAAGAAUCUCACCUUCAGGUUUCAGUGACCUGAACAUUGCUGGCUCUGCCACAGCUGCUACCCAGGCUGUUAGGGGUCCAAUGACAGAGGACCGAUCUGAGCAGCUCAAUAAGAAGGAUCCUCACCGCCCCUCCUCUACGAGACAGAGGAAGCGUCCCCUGGGUGGCAGAACAUCUUGGGGCCACGGCGCUAGAUGUGGCAGUCAGGGCCGUCUAGAUAAAGCCCUGGCCAGCUUCUUGAACUGGCAGCAAUCAGCAGAGGAACGCCUCCUCUCCCUGGAGGAGGCGCGGCUGGAGAGAGAGUUUGAGGCAGAGGAGCGCAGGGAGCAGAGGGAGGACCGAAGGGCAGAGCAGGAGCGCCAGCAUGAACUCCGCCUGUUUAGCAUGAUCACAGGGGCAUUGGCUGCUGUCAAGCAGAGUGCAGCAACACCGACUGACCCCUCCCUCUCACCCGUCGCUCCUCCGUCAGCUUCCAUGUUGACCACCCCCUCUGUCUCCUCUGUUUUAUCUUAUCCACCUUCACAAGCUGCCACAUCGCAUCCUGUUCCCACUCAGGACACAGUCAAAUCAACACUGCCAACAUCUGUGAAGGCCUGCAAAAUGUCUCAGAGUGACUUGACUGUAGAGAAAGUUCACAAAACGCCUGGACAUAGCGUGUACCUGUCCAACCGUGGAAACAGCAUCAGGCAGAAUCACAACAUUCUAUACGAGGGAUUUUGUCGAUAUGGAAUGGACAAACACCACGACACAGAUAACCCUGAUGGGAUUAUAAACCUGGGCACCAGUGAGAACAAAUUAUGCAAUGAUGUUCUUCUUAAACGGAUGACCAAGCCUGACAUGCUUCAUGUUGAGCCAUCCCUGCUGCAGUAUGCAGACCUAAGGGGACAUUUAUUCCUGAGAGAGGAGGUUGCCAGGUUCCUGACUCACUACUGCUGUUCUCCAAAGCCACUGACAGCUGACAACGUUAUGGUGAUGAAUGGCAGUACUUCUCUGUUCUCGUGUAUUGGAGCAGUAAUUUGUGACCCUCAAGAUGCCAUUCUCAUUGCCACUCCCUUCUACGGCUCUAUCACCGAGGAUGUCCUUUUUUACGGUGGCGUAAAACUCUUUCAUGUUCCUCUUGACUGUGAGGCUGAUGAAAAAGACAGCCGACCCUUCCACCUUACUGUAGAAAAACUAGAAGAAGGUCUGAAAAAGGCGAAGCACGAGGGGGUGAACAUCAGAGCUGUUUUGCUGAUGAACCCCCACAACCCUUUGGCUGAGAUCUACCCCACAGAGGAGAUGAUUGCCUUCUUGGAGUUUGCCAAAACCAAUGAGCUCCACGCCAUCAUCGAUGAAGUGUACAUGUUGACAGUCUUCGAUGAAUCUCUCACCUUUCAAAGUGUCCUCAGUCUAGACAGUUUGCCUGACCCGCAGAGGACGCAUGUAAUUUGGGGGAUGAGCAAGGACUUUGCAAUGUCAGGAAUGAGAGUAGGCACUCUGUACACUGAGAACAGAGACCUGGUGGAGGCUUUGACCCAGCUGGGUCUGUUUCAUAGUGUCCCCGGAACAACUCAGCACCAGGUAGCACAGCUGCUUGGGGACAGAGGCUGGAUCGACGAGGAGUUUUUGCCAGAGAACAGGCGCAGACUGAAAGCUGCUCACAGAUACGUGACGGGUGAAAUGCAGAGUAUGGGCAUCCCCUACCUGGACUGGCCUGCCACACUGUAUGUGUGGUUCGACCUCAGAAAGUACCUCACAGAGUCGUCGUCUGAGGAGGAGCUUUCUCUGUGGAGGAGAUUCCUCAGACACAAGCUGCUCAUGAGCUGUGGUCAGGCCUUCUUCUGCUCCACGCCCGGCUGGUUCCGCUUAGUCUUUGCAAACCAGCUGAACCACCUUCAGCUGGGCCUGAAGCGAUUCAAGGAGGCUUUGAAAGAAAUUGAAGAUAAAAGCACCAGCUCUGAUUCCAACUUUAUCAAAGAAGCGAGUAACAGGAGGAUAAAUUCAGUGGAAGAGGACCGAGCAGAUUUAGACAAUGCUGCGAUUGUGAAUUCGACAUCAUCGCCCCAGCGCAAGUCAUCUGACCAGCUGAAGGAGAUGGACCGUCCUGUCUCUGACACAGCCUCACUGGCCAGUGAGGAGAUUGUGUUGCUGGACUGCCAAGCAUCAAAGCCUGAAGAGGGUCUGGACUCUCUGAUUGGUACUCUCAGGCACCAGAUCCGCUCCUCUGAUUGGCUGGAGAAAAACACUCCAGAGCUAUCUGCCGGGGAGGACCCGGAGAUUCUUGAUGUAUUCAAGGCCCUGCUGCAGAGAGCCAAAAAGUAAGACAUGAAUGUAGCUGCCAAAUCUCAAGAGGCAGCACUUCGGCUUCCAGCAUCUCCCCCCCAUUCAUUGUGAAGAGCUUGAUACAAACACCCGACACAGGGUCAAAUCUGAUGCCUGUUUCUGAGUGAAGAGGAGGAACUCCAUGAGUGGAGGCUAAUGAGAAGGAGAAAAGUGAAGCAGGCAAGAACAGGAAAAAGUAGCAAUCUUUAUCUCGGGGCCUUAUGUCUUAGCUGCUAUGCGAGGUGACCUUACCUUUGUUUGUUUUUUGGGGGGGGG